UUCAGUUGGAGUCGAGGGGGAGUACUAAGCGACGGCGUUUUCAUCGGUGGUUUACUCGGAGACCAGGUUGGUUAGUUCUAGUUCUUAUUUAAACAGUGUCGUCUCGUCGAAUGAAAACUCUCUUUUUUCUUUCUCUUUGGAUCUCUUCUCUGCUCCCAAACCCAUCCAACAUUUUUAAGGUUUGUUAGGUCGGAAGUUCCUGAUUUUCUGGUCUAAGUCUAAGAUUCUAAGUAGUUAAGAGUUAGUUGUAAUUUAUUUUUAUUGUUAUUGUUCUGUCAAUAUGUGGAGUUUUGCUUCAAAUACCAUUGCUAGCAUUGGGUUAAAGAGUUCAAAAGAGGCGAAUCAAGCUUGUUCCGAGUGUUCAGAUGACGAGCUGUGUUCAAAUGGUAGUAGAGAUGAAGGAUUAGAGUGUCCCAUUUGUUGGGAACCUUUCAACAUUGUUGAGAAUGUGCCUUAUGUCUUAUGGUGUGGUCACACUCUUUGCCAAAAUUGCAUCCUGGGUCUCCAACCUGCUGUUUUGAAACUCCCCACUCAGCAAAUCAAGAUCCCCAUGUUCAUUUCUUGCCCAUGGUGCCACUUAAUAUCGCUACGGCUAGUUUAUAAGGGGAACCUCAAGUUCCCUCGCAAGAACUUCUUCAUUUUGUGGAUGAUCGAGAGUUUGAAUGGGGAUAGGUAUGGCAUUUCCAGGAGAAAUCUAUCUGGGGACAAUCAACCCGUUGGCUCUCUGAGAUGUAAUUUAAUGCUUGGCAAUCAAGCUAUCAGUGGUGUUGUUAGGAGAGGAUCAUAUGCCAAUCGUUCUGAACAAAAUAGGUCUCUAGAUACUGGUGGCAGAAAUAAUGCUGAGAGGCAUCAUUUCUCGCUUCAUAAAUCAUUGGAUUUCUUCAUUCACUUUACAUCCAAGUUCCCGUUGGUCAUCAUUUUCCUUCUGGUUGUCUUCUUUGCAAUACCGGGGAGUGCUGUUAUCUUAUUACUCUACUUUCUGGUCACAGUUGUUUUUGCCAUCCCCUCUUUCUUGGUACUGUACUUUGCAUUCCCUAUGUUGGAUAGGUUGGUAAGAGAAAUCACCUCAUGAGAUGUUGCUUUCUCACUUCAAAGGUCAGAGAGAUAUAUGGUUCCAAGUGAACACAUCUAUCCGUGUUAUCAUCCUUCUUCCAAUGCUCACUCCACUUCUUUUAUUUGAAAUUUAGUAGCUCCGCCUGGUAAUGGGAUUUUUUAGUAUCCUGAAGCUUUCAGAUUAAUGCAUUGUUUUCGAUAUGGACUGUGACUAAGUGACUUCAAAACAUCUCAAAAGCUUGUUUUGGAAAUUGUGGUUGUGCCCUUAAUAAAAUGUCAUUGAAAUGUCAACUUACUUGUUGUACAAGCUUGAGUUCUCAAAAGAAUAUAAUUUGCAGUUAA